AAGUUUGCUUUAAAAUUCUUUUCUUUCAAAAGCUGUUGCGCUGUAAUUGUUUCCUCCACAAACCGAACUUGAAUCGGCAUUUAGCUACUUUCUUUGCACCAUUUUUAUUUGUACUCGGAGUUGGAUAUCUGUGAAAAACAUUUGUAAAGUUAAACGUUCUGUGUAAAACUUAUUGCAAUGUUAUCCGGCCGUGGGACUAAUCGCCUGUUAAAGUGCAUUGGCCCAAAUUUAUUAUAAUUAGUAAUUGUUUCUCAUGUACCGACCUGCCAGGGUGGAAUCCUGUUCGGGACGGGAGCAGUUGCCCCCAGCUGACGUUUGGUGAAAUGGCAGUGCCUUGUUCUACUGAAACAUUUCUGAUAGUUGGAGACGAUGUUAAGGAAAGGGGUGAAGUGGAUUACUGGGUGUCUGAUGCUGCAAUUCACAGCCAGAAAGAACGGAACAACGGUGCAAAAUGUUCACCAGAACAGAAUGAAUUAUCUCCUAUUGCUGGUGAUGCAGAGCACAGUGAUAUAUGUGUGGUCCAUGAUGGAAUUCAACUUCUGGCCAUUAACCCAGACAUUUCAGGCGAAACGGUCACAAGCUCAGAGGUGUGUACGUGUCAUCCCAAAACCUCCGGAGACGUUGAAUAUGAUGAUAUAGUCCUACCACGUGAUAGAGCUCAGACCACAAUUGAAGACAGCAUCAUUGCAGAUGUACAAGUGUUCAGCACAGAGGGGAACCUCGACAAGGAAUCCUCACCUCAUUCUGUCCAGACUCGAGAGUGCCAGUUUUCUGCAGAGCCUGUGGAAGUCAUGGAUUUAGAGGAAAAACCUAAGGUAACAUCUGCCAACCCAUCCCUAGAGACCACAUCUGCUGACUCGUCAUCAGAGAUUUCUGGAUAUGUUGCUACUGUGGAGCAUGACACCGCACUGACAGAUCCUGCUAUAAGUGAUUCGGACCUGUCUUCGUCUGAUCAACAUCCCCCUCCUGCAACCUCCGAGCCUGGGCUGCUCACCACCUCACAGUAUCCUGGAUUACUUGCAGAGGACUUUGAUGAUAUCUAUGAAUCGGACCCAGAAAACAGAGCUGAGGAGGAGUUUGUUGAGUAUUUCCCAGAUGUAAUGGGUGCCCAUACAGUACCCAGACUCAUCAAUGGAAUUCAGCAUUCGGUGCCCUUCAUUGAUUAUGGAGAAACCUUACAUCCUUAUGUGCCAGGCUAUAUUGAAGAGUGCUGGCUGACUGAUACACCUGAGGGACAGUACCAUGAUUCAUUACAAUGCACAAAGCCAACCACUGGUUAUGGGGAAGAUAGAGGGAAUUGGAGCACGGGGGAAACAGUACCACCCCAUGAAGAGAUUGUGGUGGAAACAUUGUAUAAAGAGGGACCAAAUGAAAACCUGGAGACAGAGCACAACAGCUUGAAGCAAGUCUCAACAAUGAGGUCGUUCAUAGAUUUUGCAGUGCAGACAGACUGUGUUACUGUAGACGCAGAGGUCAGCACAGACAAAGAUAUUGAAAAGUACAUGAACGAAGUGACGGCUGAACGGGAGGUUUUGAAGGACAGAUACCAGGAGGUGUUGGACAGACAGAUACAGAUGGAGAACCAGCUCCAGGUCAAAGUUCGACAACUUCAAACACGACAGGAAGAAGAGGAGAAUAUUUACCAGGAUAAUGUUAAGCAGGUUCAGGAGAUGAAAGUAAAAUUGGAAGAACUGAAGAAGAAAUCUGAAAAGGAGAAGAAAGAGUUUGUUCAAAAAGAGCAAGAGUUGAAGAAUGAAGUAACGAGGCUUUAUGAAAAUGGGAAACGGCUGAUGAAGGAGCAGGAAGAAAAGGGCAACUUGAUAGCCAUUCUGAUCAGCGAUCAAUCAGACAAGAAGGAGAAGUUAAAUGAGGAUUUGGCAAAACUGAGGCUCAAGCAUCAGGACCUUAACAAGAAAGUUCUGGAAGAGACCGAGCGAGCCUUGAAAGCUGAGGUUCAAUCCCUGGAGAGCAAGAAGGAGUUUGCAGUUAUGAUGCUGGACAAAGCAGCGAGUGAAGCAGAACUACAGAUUCAUAGCUUGAGCUCCAUUCCAGGAAGGUCGAGCCUGGAACUCGAUUGGCGGAGAAGGCUACAUGACAUCCAGGUGCAAAAGGAGAAUAUCAAGAAUCAAUAUGAGGGUCACAUUCAGCUGGUGCAGAAUGGCGCAAAACUCAGCAGUCUUCCUCACAUACAUUCGCCAACACUACAACCUGCUCCUGCAGAGCCUGAAUUAGUGCUCCAAAGUACGUGGCAGAACCCUCAAGUUCCCUUCACGGCAUCGUUUUACCCAGCUCCGGUAUCAACGAUGAAGCUUCCAGCUGCGCGGUUUGCCCUGGGCCACGUGGCACAGUCAGAGUUUGCCGGCCGGAGCACCCAACCAGUUUCCAACCCCGCUACGAAACUGGAAAAACUCCUGGAAAAGCUGGAGGCUAGAUUUCCAAACUGUAGCAGAGCUCAACUUACCCACAUUCUGCAGCAGAUUAAGAACUCGCGUGGAACAAUUGCUGGCCUUUCUGUGGAUGAACUAAUACACCAAGUGGCCGCCCAGCUGACUGAAAUAAUGCAGGUUGAGCCAGUGCACAUACUGCGAAAUCCUACCACUUUGCCUGGACCCUUCCCACCAGCAACUUCUCAGGCCACCUGUUACCUGACCCAGCUGAAGGGUCGAACUGGAGCUCAACCCUCAUACCAGGAGAGUCCAGUGGUGGUCUCAGGCAGUCCCCGGCUUUGUUUGGUGUGUCAGAAAGUUGUGCUUGUCAAUGAAGUCCAGCCAAUGGCCUGUUCACAUAUUGUCCACCGAGAGUGCAUCAAAUUCUGGUCGCAAUCGAACAAAAACAGUAGCUGUCCUUUCUGCCCCACACCAAGGUAAUACCUCAAGCAGUACAGCAGGUGGUGGGGACGUCCUUGUCAUUCUGACAUUAUUCUUCAAACGUCAAGCCCUCUGACACUACCAAACUUCUGACUGCCAUGUGAACUUCUUAUAUUUGGGAAAAGACCCAGGUCUCAAAGUGAGCAGAUGAUAAAUCACGAAUGUGUUGGAUCAAACUAGAUUGUCACUGGUGUACUAAGAAUAUUGGGACGAAUAUUCUAGCAGGUUGCAUAUUUUCUAUUUUUUGGGAGCCAAGUUUAGUAUGAGUGUCUCUCUCUCAAGAAUAAAUGUGAGGAAGUAUGUCUUGUUUAUGGUCAUGUUAUCAAUGCAGCAAACCUGGUUGUUUAUCAUUAUGGAGUUCUGAUUGGAAAGGUCAGUUCACAAGGUCUCCCUGGAUAUGUCUCUUGGAAGGACAGAGCUGAAUUAUGAGAUAUAAGCAAAAUAUAAACUUGGAAAAAAAAUGCAUUGCUCCUGAAACUUGUCUCUGUGGAGCUGGUUUCUUGACAGCUAACAACUUCAAGAAAUAUGGCUGGGACUAUAAAGAUAAAAAUGAGCAAGAAGUUGGUAGUUUAUUGUUCAAUCUAGUUGUACAAAUGUUAUAACAUAUCAAGGUUGAAGAAGAGUAUGAUAUUCGCUUUCCUUCUCGAUUGCAAACACCUGAGGGAUUGAUCAAUUGAUCAAUUGAGGGAUCAUAUGUGGAUCAUUGUUGAGGGAUCAUUGUUUUUGUGUGAUCCUAAAGUGUUGAGUUCUAUUCAACUCUUGAGUGAAUCACAGCCUAUCCAAUAUUGUCUUUGUUCAGCCCCUCGUUCCCUUAUUUAUUUUUGCAAACUCCCCCAAGUCCUGCCUGGAAUGCUAAAUUUAGCAAACUUUAGUUCCCCACAUGUGGAGGUGAAAUGUUCUGCUCUGUUGUGGUUCUGUUCGCCGAGCUGGAAAUUUUUGUUGCAAACGUUUCGUCCC